UAUAGCCUAGAAGGACACCACCGCAUCUCGUCCGACCGAGACACAUCGAGACACAUCUCGUCUCGUUCUAAACACAAGACCGCCGGUGAAUGACGGGGAGGAGAGCCCUUUAACCCCUGGCCAUCUGGAACAAUCAGCGUGGAAUCGGAACUAAAACAAUGGCUGGAGGGCGUAUUCUUGACGGCGAUCUAUAACAUGCUGUAUGUUUUGAUGUUGGUUGGCCUACCCGCGCCGCCUCCUCCUCGGUGCACUGCUUGAACAACCCAACAAUAAACGGUGUGCGCUUUCGGCUCCGUUGUCUCUGUUCAUUAUCUAUUCAUCCACGGCUCUGCCUCUGGCAGACCUGCACAGGACAUAGGGGUUUGUGUGGAAUUAUAAGUGCCAGUGUCAUCUGACUGAGGGAGAGAGAGAGAGGGAGAAAGAGAGAGAGAGAGAGAAUCCUUGGCAUACACACACGUCGGUGUCUCAAUGUGAAUUUGAGUGACUGGCUGGAUUCUUGUGGAGACGAACGGAACGGAUAAACCCAUUUUCAGCAUCUCACCCAUUUGCGCGGAGAGCGGCUGGUGCCUGCUCGUCUGGAUUGAGCAUUUGACUGCGUCUCUUUCUGCUGGAGCUUGGUUUAUCCAAGCCGUCCCUGGUCGGGCAUGGAGGGAGCCGAGAUGAGCGCCUUUCGGAGGGGUAGUGGGGUGUUUCUGUUCGGGUUGUGUUGCGUACUAAUGGGACUGUGGAGGCUCGGGGCCGCCUGCCCCGCGUCCUGCUCCUGCAGCGGGACCAGGGUCGCCUGUGUGGACCAGGAGCGGGGUAUCAUGGCUUUUCCCGUGUUGCAGUCGGAGCUGGAGAUGGACAACAUUACCGACAUAUAUAUUGCAAACCAAAGUAGCUUCUCGUCCAUCAAUGACAAAGACCUGCAUUAUUACCGGAACCUCACGAAUCUAACUGUGACUAACAGCCGGCUUACCUAUGUAUCUCGACUGGCCUUCCAGAACAACCUCAAGCUUCAGUAUCUGAAUUUGAAAGACAACAACCUGUCAUCUCUGUCUUGGAGGAUAUUUCGACAUUUAAACAUAUCAAAUCUGAUUCUUUCAGGGAACCCGCUGCACUGUUCCUGUGAGAACAUAUGGAUGAAGCUGUGGCUGGGAGAGGAGGCCGAUGCUCAGGACCUCCAAUGUACAGCGGAGGGGGGCGGGAGGAAGCCCCUGACCAGGCUCAAGCUCCCUCACUGCAUGGUUCCCAUGGCGACUCUGAGCCCGUCCAAGGUGAUGGUGCAGGAGGGUGCUGAUGUGGUGCUGACAUGCAACACCUCCGGAGAGCCCUCUCCUGAGCUCAUCUGGAAAAUGACCCCACUCAUCUCCUACUAUGAGAUUGAGACCUCGGGCCAAGUGUCUGAGCUCCAUCUCUAUAACCUCUCCUCCCUGGACAACAACUGUAAGAUCACCUGCAGUGCUGGGAACAUUGUGGGAGAGAAUGAGUCCACAGUCCUCCUCAACAUCCUCUUUCCCCCUAACAUCAGUAAGUUGAGUGAUGCCUACCAGGACCACCACUGGUGCAUCCCAUUCAGUAUGUCUGGGAACCCAAAGCCCGAGCUCCGCUGGCUGUUAGACGGGGAGCCAGUCAUUGAGGGACCCUACAUCAUGACCAUGAUCCAUGACUUCUCUGAGAGGGAGUACCACGGCUGCCUUCAGCUGGAUAGCCCCACACACAUCAACAACGGACCGUACACCCUGCUGGCCAGCAACAAGUACGGACAGGACCGCAAGACCGUCAAUGCCCACUUCAUGCACAACCCCUUUGAGGGAGGAACAGUGACAGAACCUCUUUACUAUGACCCAACUACAGACGACACACCCCUAGAUCCACCGGAAGACAGAGUUGCUGUGUACGUGGUCGUAGGGAUUGCAGCAGUAGCCUUCACGGGUUUCCUCUUGAUGCUGGUCAUCCUAAAAUUCGGGGGGAACUCAAAGUUUGGAAUCAAAGGUGCAUCGUCUGUGAUCAGCAACGAUGACGACUCAGCCUCUCCUCUCCACCACGUGUCCAACGGCAGUAACACUCCGUCCUCUUCUGAGAUGGGCCCAGACGCCGUCAUCAUCGGCAUGACCAAGAUCCCCGUCAUCGAGAACCCUCAGUACUUCCGCAGCAACAGCAUGCUCAAAUCAGACACCUUUGUCCAGCACAUCAAGAGGCACAAUAUAGUUCUGAAGAGGGAGUUGGGAGAAGGGGCGUUUGGCAAGGUUUUCCUGGCCGAGUGCUAUAACCUGUCUCCUGAGCUCGACAAGAUCCUGGUGGCUGUCAAGACCCUGAAAGAGGCCAGUGAGAAUGCGAGGAAGGACUUCCAUCGAGAGGCCGAGUUGCUGACCAACCUGCAGCACGAGCAUAUCGUCACCUUCUACGGUGUGUGUGUGGAGAGCGACCCCCUCAUCAUGGUGUUUGAGUACAUGAAGCACGGGGACCUCAACAAGUUCCUCAGGGCUCACGGUCCCGACUCUGUGAUGAUGGGUGACGGUCCGACAAACCGACCCGUGGAGCUGACCCAGUCCCAGAUGCUGCACAUCGCCCAGCAGAUCGCUGCAGGCAUGGUCUACCUGGCCUCCCAGCACUUUGUCCACCGAGACCUGGCCACACGUAACUGUCUGGUGGGAGAGAACCUGCUGGUGAAGAUCGGUGACUUCGGCAUGUCCCGAGACGUGUACAGCACGGACUACUACAGGGUAAGUGUGGGCGGUCACACCAUGCUGCCCAUCCGCUGGAUGCCUCCAGAGAGCAUCAUGUACAGGAAGUUCACCACAGAGAGUGACGUGUGGAGUCUGGGUGUGGUCCUCUGGGAGAUCUUCACCUACGGCAAACAGCCCUGGUACCAGCUCUCCAACAACGAGGUGAUUGAGUGCAUUACACAGGGGCGUGUCCUGCAGCGGCCUCGCACCUGUCCCAAAGAGGUGUACGACCUGAUGCUGGGGUGCUGGCAGAGAGAGCCCCACAUGAGACACCACAUCAAGGAGAUCCACAGCCUACUGCUAAACCUAGCCAAAGCCUCUCCUGUCUACCUGGACAUCCUGGGCUGAGCGGGUGUGCGUGUGUGCGUAUGCGUACAUGCACGUGGCUGUACAAUACAAGAGAGAAUGAGUGUGUGCCUGUACGUGUGUGUCUAUUGAUGCACCUGUCCUUGAGUGUGUUUUAAGCUACGAUCAAACUCUUUAAGGCAAUCAGAAGAUUCCCCAACUGUUCCCUUGUGCCCUCCCCUCUCCUCUCGCUCUCUCUAUCUCUCUCUUACUUUCUGCCUACUUCUACUCUUUCAUGCAUCUCUUAACCUACCACCUUCUUCCUGCUCAAGAUACUUUAAGAAUGGUUUGCAGUGGGAAGGCUUCUCCCAUCGGCACAAAGGAUUUUAAACUGUGGCUAAGUAAGUAGUCUACAGUAAAUGGCUGAGGGCUCUAUACGAGCAGGCGGUGGGUUUUUUCCCCAAUUGGUUUCUGCAAACGCCAUCCUUCUGUAAAUAAAACCCCUGAGGUCGAGAAGAGGUGCCUCCACUGCAGAUAGGCUGUUUCUUCUCUGUACAUAGAGGACCAGACAUCGGACCCCGCAAUGUCCUGCAAAGAGUUGAGAUGCGUUGCUCCGUGGAAGGAGACAUGGAAGCAACCAGACUGUUACUUUCCCCUCAUGUCAACAAGUCAUGACAUAACAAGACAUAACAAGAUAUAGUAUUGCCCCUCAUGCCGACGAGCAGCAACAAAUGACAUGCUAUUGUAUAACUGAAGCAAUGCUGAAAGUAAACAUAAAAGGGAGAUUUGUGGCUGUUCACCAGUGGGUGCUCUUCAGCUGUCUGUCUGUUGUCAUUGUCUGUGACUAUGUACACGAAAGAGGGUAUUUGAUACAUUUUGGGGGAUGAAGAUGUUUUAAUUCCCAUGUCAAGUGCUGAUGUCAUGUAAUUUAUCGAUGUACGUGUCCAACAUUCUCGGACGAUCCUGAGACAGAGAGUAUGAGCAGGAUCUGUGUUAGAUCGCCCGUUCAUGGUCAGUGGCGAGGAUCUCCGUUUAGGCGUGGUUGGGUCAACUGUGGUAGAGUCCUGGCACACACACAUAUCCCCCACCCCCUACUACUACACACACACACACUCAAAAGGCUUCUGCAGGAAAUUGAAUUCUGCAUGUUUUAUUAUUUUAGCCCCACAGUGCUUUAGCGACGGAGCCCCAGCCCUAGUCAGUAAUGGUGUAAUGUAUAUUUCAUUAAGGAGCUAAUGUUGGCCAUUAGCACAGUCUCCCCCUCAGACAUUUAAGACGUAUUGUUUAAUGGGAGAGAGGGAAAGGAGAUGAGGAAGUGGAGGAGAGAAAGACGAUGAGAUAGAGAGGAGUGGAGAGAGAGCGAGAGAGAGAGAGAGCGAGAGGGAGGGAGGGAGGGAGGAGGCCUGAAUGUCUGCGGGGAAAUAGUGAGAUAACAUCCAUCAUAGUGCGGUCUUGUCGGUUUUCGAACCCACAGCUGUUUGCUUCACACACCUCGCAUUCCUGUGGUGGGUUCCUCAACCACACACACAGACACAGACACAGACACACCACCCACAAAACCUUCUCUUACACAUUCAAGGUCAACUGUAGGCUCACCUAGACUUUCAAGAUCAAACGCCUGCAUUAUCAUAGACACACAAUAAACAGACUUACUGAGAUGUAAUAACUUCAUACAAGACUGUUUGAGUAUCAUGAUAUUGUCAUAUGCUUCUGUAACUGAUUGCAUGUGACUGGUUUGGUCAUAUCCUCAGUACUUGAUGGUAUUGAUAUUUGUGUUCUUAAUUAUUAUUUUAUUAAAAAAUUAUACAUUUUUUAUGAGA